UGGUGCGCUGACUUGGCGGUCGGCACCCUGGUCCGGGUCUCCUACACCGGGGAGACCAUGGACCACACGAGGGUCGUGCUGUGGCCCAGCCGCCGCCUGGACCAGAGGCGGCGGGUCCGGGGGCGGCACGCCUAUUGGGUGCUCUCCGCGGACGGCGACGUCUGGGAGGAGGACCUGAGCGGGAGGAAUGCGGCGACCGGGCCGUCGGGCGGGUCGCUGCUGGACCAGGCGACUGGGGAUCCGCCCGACGGCCGCCGCCUCUAUCGGUUCCGGGCGCGGCCCAGCCUGGACGAGGUCGUGGAGCUGGCGGCGGAGUGCCGAGCCACGAUGCUCAGGCGUGGGCAGGCCGAGUCGGAGGCGCCGACGAGCGUGGUGCUGGCCGACGGGGCGGUGCGCCCCGGCCGCGACCACUUCCCGUGGCUCGAGGCCCCGCGCCCUUGGGUGCUGACGGAACCGCUCCCUGGCAUGCCAAUCGGGACCGUGGUGGAUCCGCUCCCGGUGGGGGCGCUGCGCGACGGGAGCCGGGCCCUCGGCUUGCUGCCGAGCUGCGGCCGCUGGGCGAGGCUCGAGCAGGUGGACGAGGGCAAGAUCGUCGAGUGGGCCGCCAAGAGGACGAGGGAGCUGGUGCUCGACCUCGGCGCGGGGCCCGACGCCAUGGGCGCCGCGGAGCUGGUUGGCGGGACUGAAACCCCGCCGCUGGGGCGUGAGGCUCGCUCGGCCGGAGGCGACCGCCUGGGCGAGAAGCUGGGGCUGGCCGCCGAGGAGCCCGCCGAGUCGGCCGCGGGGAGGGACGACGCCUACGGCGACGCGCGCACGCUGUGUGUCGACUGGGACGAGCAGGGCGAGCGCAGGAAGGAGUUCAAGCGAGCGGUGGCCGAGAGCUCGGAUGUGAAGUGGGACCAUCAUCGGCUGCCCGCCGAUCGCACUUGCCUUCACACGUGCAAGAUGAUGGUGAACUUGAGUGGGUCUCCACGCGCGUGGCUAGAGCGCUUUCUCAGGGAGAAGGGGAUAGCUUCUACGGAUCGAGUCGCGCACGAACUCCGAGUGUUGUGCGACAUCUUGGAAGAAGCUGGCGAGUUUGACCAGAUCAACCUCGGAGGACUGGCUUGCUUGGAAGUGGCCGCCCUCCGGCUGAACCUGCUGGUGGACGCGCACAAGACGAGCGGGUCGGCCUCGUACUCGAACGCGAAGUACCUCUCGCCGCUGACCGAGGUGGACCAGUUGAUGGCUCCUGGCUUGCGGUCUCACGUGUCGAGGCGCGCCAAGGAGGAGUACGAGCUGAUGCAGGGCGACAAGAAGGCCGAGGCGGUCGCUGCUGGUGCGGCUGGCAUGACGGACCAGUCUCAGCCGGCGGAGUGGGCCCCUGCCGGCUGGGCUAACACAUCGGCCCGGCCGCCCGCCAGCAGGGGCGGCAGCCGCGCCCGGAUUGCUGGCGCUCGGCGGCGGCGCGAGCACGAAUUGGCGAACGGCGCUAUCGACUCUCUCAACUGGCUUGCUGGAUGGGAGCCUGCCGACGUGGGCCCGCCGCGCUCCCUGGACGCCAUGGGGGGCAAGCAUGCAUCGCUCAGUGCGUUGCUCAAGGGGUGCUCGAUCUACGACACGUCGGGCUCCCCGAGGAACCUGGCCUCCUUCGUCCGCGAGCGCGUGUCCUUGCCCCCUUCGGUUGUCGGCUGCCUCCAGGUGGACGACAUCGUGGGCGAGGCCGGCCGCACCUACCUGAAGGAGAAUCAAAAGCGUAUGAGGCGGCCGAUCGAGGAGAUCGAUUUUGACAACUUGCCGACUCCCUAUUUUGACCCGCUGCUGAAGCGGAACAAGAAGAUGUACCACAACUUUUUGAAGGAUCUCUCGUCCCGCGGGCUCUUGCUUGCCACCUUGUCUCCCGCAGAGCAGGCUGGCCUGUUCUUCGUGAAGAAGGCCGACAGCGACAAGAUGCGCAUGAUCGUGGACGCGCGUCGGGCGAACGCGUGGUUCGGCGUGCCCCCCAGCGUCCAGCUCCUGUCGUGCGAGGGGUUCGGCAGGGUGGAGGUGAAGCUCCCAGAGGGCGUCGCCUUCGGCUCGGCGCGGGGCGAGGAGCUGCUGAACGGCUUCAAGCUCUUCUUGGGCAUGACGGACGUCAAGGACUGCUUCUACAGGAUGCGCAUCCCGGUGAGCCUGGCGAAGUUCUUCUCGCUGCCCGCCGCUCCAGCUCACGUCCUGGGCCUGGAGGGGCACGAGCUGGAGGGGACGAGGCUGGGCUGCGACACCCUCGUCUUCCCCUGCAUCGGGGCUCUCCCCAUGGGAUUCUCUUGGUCCCUCUUCCUCGCCCAAGACGCGAACGAGGAGAGGGUCGUCCGGUCUGAUCCGUGGCCAGGGGGAGACAUGGCGGUCUCGGAGCGGGUCCUGAUGAGCGAUCGCGGACCUCCGCUCGUCGUGGAGGUUGAGCCCGGCCUGCACGGGGGAGCCUACGUGUACGUCGACAACAUGGGGGUGCUCGCCCCCUCGGAGGGCCUCGCCAAGAGCGCCCUCGAGAGCUGGACUGGUCUCUUUGAGGGGGUCGGCCUGGACUUGCACAAGAGCUCGGUGGGCUCGGGCGCGUGCGAGGCGCUCGGGACCAAGCUUGACCUCGAGCUGAUGAGGUCGGGCGUGAGCGACGGGCGGUUCUGGAAGGUGUACCUGGGGCUGGGGGGCCUGCUAGCCCGCGGCCGGGCGACAGGGCGCGCCUUGGAGGUGGUGCUGGGCCACUGCACCUUCUGCGGGCUGGCCCUCCGAGGGUCGCUGAGCUGCUGGCACGCCUCGUACCGCUUCAUCCAGCGGCACUACCUGGAGCCUGCCCGCCUGUGGGCAGAAGUCGUGAAGGAGAUCGAGAUGUUCCGCGGGCUGCUCACCCUGAUGGUUCAGGACUGGUGGCGGCCAUGGAACUGCUGCGUGCUCCAGACCGACGCGAGCGAGAGCGGCUGGGGCAUGGCGCAGUCGUUCUGGCCGCAGCACGUGGUGGAGCAGGUCGGCCGGCUGCCUGAGCGAGCCCGCUUCCGUUCGGCGCUGGGCAGGCCGGCGCGAGAGAGCGCGCUCGCUGCCGCCAACCUUGCUCGGGACAGCUCGGGCGCCUUGUGCAGUUUUGAGGAUAUGAAGAAUCCUGACUCUCUCGCGUCUGACCUCCUGUCCUCGUGGGAGCUCGACCCCGGGUUCGCUGAAGUGCCCUGGCAGUGGCUCCGCAAGGGGGCCUGGGAGACCGUCCGGUCCGGGGUCUGGCGUUUUGCUGAGGACAUCCUGAUCCUUGAAGCCAGGGCCCUCGUAAAGUCGAUCCAGCGGCUGGCAAAGACCGCACGCGGGAGGGCCAGCCAGGCCGGGCGGCAUCUCUCGGCCCUCGACGAGAGGGACGCGAACGGGCUGGACCUCGCUGGAGACGCCGGGGAGGACGCCGAGGGCGACAGCAGCUCCAGCGGCUCCGACUCGGUGGUGGAGCAGCUGGGGCGGACUCGGGCCCGAAUGCGGCAGCUGCGCGCGCGGAGGGCGCACCGGCGGGCGAAGCUGUACGCCGAUGCUAUCCUGGCGGCGCAGGGCGAGGGCGUGAGCCUCCUGGAGACCCUGGCGGUGACCCAGGCGACGCAGGUGAGGUACCAGCGAUAUCUCGAUCGUUUCUACUCGCGUGCCGGCCUGAGCCGGAGGCAGAUCCUGGCGAAGCCGGACACGGAGAUCGACGAGCUCAUGUGCAACUACAUGACCGAGAACUACUUGCAGGGCGAGCAGAGCAACUACGGAGACCAGACGGUCGCAGCCUGGGUCAGCGCGAACCCGGACUUCGGGCGCGUGGGAGGUCGCAAGCUGCCGCGGACGUGGCGGGCGCUGAAGGCCUGGCGCAGGCUGACCCCAGGCAGGCGGCGGAAGGCCCUUGCCCUUCCGGUCUGGUGCGGGCUGGCUUGGAGGCUGGCGCAGCGGGGACACCUACGCCUGGGCAUCUUCUUGAUGAUAGGCGUAUCGAUCUAUGGUCGGCCCUCGACCUUGCUGGCCGCCCGGCGGUGCGACCUUGUGCCACCGUCGCCUGGUGUCAGCAGGCACUGGGCCCUGUUGACCCACCCGCUGGAGCGGAAGAGGCCCAGCAAACGUGGGCACUUCGACGAGGGCUGCCCCCUGGACUCGCCGUACCUCCAGGGCUUGGACGAGGUGUUCGAGCGGCUGGCCUCGACGACGUCGAAGGAACCGCUGUGGAACUUCAGCUACCCCGAGGCAGCGACGUUGCUCAAGGAGGCGGCGGAGGACCUCGGGGUGGCCCCGGUGACAUUGUACCAGAUGAGACAUUCGGGCGCCAGCAUCGACUUGGCGAAAGGCUGGCGCAGUCUGACCUCGGCGCAGCGACGCGGGGAGUGGACGCAGGCGAAGUCAAUGCACCGCUACGAGCACAGCAGCAGGCUCGGGAGCGACUAUGCGAAGCUCGACCCCCGGCUGCGCGCGACGUGCGAGGAGGCGGAGAGGCAGCUGGCGCUCAUCCUGACGGACCGGCCCCACAACGUGCAGAUGUGGCGCAUGUGA